AACUGCAGAGAAAGCCGGGUCCAAAUGAAACACGCCAUGGAAAUUUUAAUUGACUUUCAAGACAAGCAACAGCCAUGACCAAACCCCUUUAUAAUUAGUCCUCCCCCAAUGCCAAAAUCCACGAUACCCUGAUAACAAAGUACAAGAUCUGCCUCCACCUCCUCCCCGGAAAUCAGCUACUGCUACCGCCACCGCCAGCACUAUCGGUUAUCCCCCUGAAAAUGGAUCUUAGGGCGAGGCCAACUGCCACAGCUACCGCCGCUGCCACCAGCAGUUCAUCUUCUGAUGACGAUAACUCUCCUGGAACGCCCAAAGGCCAUCCACCACCACCCAGCGUGCUCUCUCAAAGCCUAACGAGCAUCGCCCACUUGGCCAACCUCCUCCCGACCGGCACCCUCCUGGCUUUCCAACUCCUCACGCCGGUCUUCACGAACAACGGCUCGUGCGACGCGGCCACCCGCCCCCUCACCUUCCUCCUCCUCCUCGCCCUGGCCGCCUCCUGCUUCCUCGCCUGCUUCACCGACAGCUUCAGGACCCCUGACGGACAGGUCUACUACGGCUUCGCCACGACCAGUGGCAUGUGGCUCUUCGACUCCCAGGGCGCCUCCGCCUCGGCGGGCACCCGGAUUCCCGACCUCAGCAAGUACAGGAUGGGCUUCAUCGACGUCGUUCACGCGGUUCUGUCUGUCCUCGUGUUCGCUGCGGUGGCUUUGAGGGACAAGAAUGUGUUGACUUGCUAUUAUCCGAGGCCUGAUCACGAGACCGAGGAGGUUUUGGACAUAGUUCCUGUGGGAAUUGGGCUCAUCUCCAGCUUGUUGUUUGUCAUCUUUCCUACCAGAAGGCAUGGAAUUGGUUACCCUGUCACAGCAGGGCAGUAAAUCCUCUGCUUUUUUCCGUUUACUUCUUGUUUUUGUCUCAGCAAAAGCAAUUUAUCAAUCUUUGGAGAAAGAAAACAAAAGAUUAAACGGACCAAGGCAGCGGGCACCGUUUUGCUUGUUCUUUACCUUUAUUGAUAGGUGAAAAUAUGUAAAAAUCUUUUGUUCAUCCAGAUUUCAUUAAUUUCGCGAUCAUCAAGUUUUAUGAUGUUAUUGUGAUAACGAUUCUUCUUGUUUGAUUCAAGAUUGUGAUGUAAUUAAAUGGUAUGGAAAGUGCUUGGAAGAUUCUCUGG